UCCUCCUCCUCCGGUCCUCCCUUGUCCUGGUCCCGGCCAAUAAACAGCAAGAGAAAAGCAACGCACCGGCCGGGGUGACGAGCCAAGGAACCAAUGGAGGACUACUACUACUUCCCCAACUCCUGGGAGAACGCCGGCUACGUCGAGGCGGGCUUCCAAGGCCACACCGUGUCUCGCAACCCAAGCUCGCCGUCGCCGAGGCCCCGCCGCGCGUCCCGCGAAGACGCCGACGCCAGCGAGCUCCGACACCACUACCUCGACGCCUGCUUCCGGUGCGGGCGGCAUCUUGGCGGGAACAAGGACAUCUUCAUGUACAGGGGCGACACCCCGUUCUGCAGCGAGGAUUGCCGGCAGCAGCAGAUCGAGGCCGACGAGGCGAGGGAGAAGAGGUCCAAGCAGCCCGCCGCCGCGAAGAGGGAUCGGCGGCAGCGGCAGAGCGGCAGCCCGCAGAAGAUCCCCCUCUGGGCGCGGUAGAAAGAUCGAGCCGGCGGCGUCCAACCGAAACACUCCUACGACAUAUGAACUAAACAUCGGCGCACGAACUGAUUCGCAUCAAGUUGGCGGCUCGCAUGUGGCCUCCAGCUAGCUCGUUGGUUGCCAACGAACAAACGUGACGAGAAGCUCCUUGAGCCGUUGAGGGACGCAAGCAAGGCUAGCCUUGCCGGAAUCGGCUUGUCCCUAUUGUUCGUCCCUGUUGUCUCGGACAGAGGACAGAUAGAUCGUCUCUUGGCGCAGUUUUUGGGUGGACUACCGAACUAGUGCAGGUUUUUGUUCCGUUGCUCGGCGCAACCAAGCGCGAGCAACUGGUAUGUUUGUGUGUUUGUGUGCGAUUGCCAUGUACUCCAAGCUAAGUCUCCAUCAUGCUGGUACGAACUACCAUGAACAAAUACCAAAAUACGAGCUGUGGUUUUGCCACUAUCAAUUUGCAAAAGAUUA